GUCGGGUCUGCCUCUUCUCUCUCACGCAGUUCAAGAGAAACUGGGCGCGUAGGCGAAGGGGAAAUACGCGCUCCAGAUAAUGAGAGGAAGACCGACUGUGAGAAACUCUUCGUGUUUUCUCGGUCUCCAUGUAAUUACUCGAAAAGCCCGCCGCUAAACGUUAUUUGGCUGUUCACACCAUGUCUAGGAAUGGUUGGUCCAAGCAUUCAAGGCCAGGGACACAUCUGGGCCCGAGUGAGCCUCUCCUGGGACAGGGCAUCCAUGUACUCCUUUUCUGGACAAAGGAAGGGGAAAGGUAUCUGUUCCACAACAGUGGAGCAGUCACAGCAGAACAGCUGUGUAUCUCAGCUGCAGAGGCUGUAGGGAUAACUCCUCUGUGCCAUGUGUUGUUUGCUCUUUACAAUCCACAAUCAUGCUGCUGGUACAGUCCAAACCAUGUUUUCAGUCCAGAGGACAACUCCAGCCUAGUACUUCAUUACUGUAUGAGGUUUUACUUUCGGAAUUGGCACGGACUGAAUGAGAAGGAGCCCAAUGUAUCUCGUUAUGCCCUUAAAUCUGGAACAGACCAGGGGGGCUCUCCACUGCUCGAAAUCCCCUCCUUAGAGUACCUCUUCUCUCAGGCUAAAUAUGAAUUUGUGAACGAAGUGGUGCCGAUGGAAGAUGUGAAGUCGGAAGAGGAGAUAAGUCGCUUCAAAAACGAGAGUUUGGGGAUGGCUGUACUUCACCUCUCACACCAGGCAAUGCAAACAGGCUGCAGCUUACAGGAAGUUGCAAAAAACACAAGCUUUCUGCGCUGCAUUCCAAGGUCCUUCGCGAAACACAUUUCAAAAGACAACUUCUUGACAAAAAUCCGGAUUCGGCGGGUGUUUGCAGAGUUUGUACAGACUUUCCAGCAGCACACUGUGGAUAAAGGCCGGCUGGGCGCCCAGGAGAUCAUGUAUAAAUACAUUUCUACUCUUGAACACUUGGCGCCACAGUUCGGCACAGAGACCUUCCCUGUGUGCAACCUGGAACUGAGAGAGGAAGGGGAUGGAAGCAGUUCUUACGCUAACACCACCCAUGCUCAGGGUGUCACAAAAGACAACUUCACAGCUCCCACCACACAUGAAAUAAAUGUAUCAGGCACCAAAGGGAUACAGUGGAGGAAGGUGUCCGGACAAAAGGCACAGGCAAACUCUUACCUCAGGAAUGACUCUGCAAACUACAUGAGGAAAACAAAGCAGCAGUCCAGCCCAACAGAACAGAAUGCAAACACUCCCAAUAAAUGGACAUCCUUUUGUGAUUUCCCAGAAAUAACUCACAUAGCCAUUGCUGGAGCUAAUGUAUGCAUUAGCACUCAGGACAACCACUGCUUGGAGGCUCAGAUGAACUCCAGCCAGGAGGCCCGUUCCUUCAUCUCCCUCCUAGAUGGAUACUACCGGCUGACUGCAGACGCCCACCACUAUCUUUGUCAUGAAGUGGCUCCCCCAAGGGUAGUGCUGAGUGAAGCAAAUGGACUGCACGGACCUCUGCACGAUAACUUUGUGUUACUGAAGCUGAAAAAGGAGGCCGCAGAGGAGGGAGCUUUCCUCGUACGUUGGAGUGCUCUGGACUAUCAGCGCAUCAUCCUAGCUGUCCUCAACAAAAAAGAGAAUGGAGCUACGCCAAGCCACAAGCAGUUUCGUAUUCAGCUCAGGGGUUCCAUGUUCUGUCUGGAGGGCUGGGACAAAGAGUUCUCCAGUUUGAAAGAGCUCACAGAGAGCCUCAAGACCUUUGUACUCAAGUCUGGUUCGGAUAGCUUUACGGUUAAGAAAUGCUGUUUCCCAAGACAAGCAGAGCGUUCCAACCUCCUGGUAGUAAGAGAAGGUGUCGAUCACAAUGUUCUCACUCAAUCCUUGUCCCUGAACCUGACCCAGCUGCGCUUCCAUCAGAUCAAGGACGGAGACUUUGUACAGCAACAGCAUUUGGGACGUGGAACCAGAACCAACAUCUACUCAGGAUGUCUGCUGGUGCGAGGCGGGGGAGAAGAUGAUGAAGACGACGAGUUCAACAACAACUCAGCUGACCGCAAAGGCAUUCAAGUGGUGCUGAAGAUUCUUGACCAAAGCCAUAGAGAUAUUGCACUCGCUUUUUUUGAAACAGCAAGUCUCAUGAGCCAGGUGUCUCACAGUCACCUGGUGUUUGUACACGGUGUGUCGGUCAAAGGAUCUGAAAGUAUCAUGGUGGAAGAAUUUGUGGAGUUUGGACCUUUAGAUGUUUUUCUGCGCAAAGAAAAGGCAUCGGUGACUCCUAAGUGGAAAUUCAUCGUAGCAAAACAACUUGCCACUGCCCUCAAUUAUCUUGAGACCAAACGUCUGGUUCAUGGAAACGUCUGUGCCAAGAACAUUCUGGUGGCAAGACGGGGUCUGGAGGAAGGCACCACUCCCUUUGUCAAGCUGAGUGACCCAGGGAUCGUCCUGAGCGUCCUCUCACGAGAAGAGCGUCUGGAGCGUAUUCCAUGGAUCGCCCCCGAGUGUGUUGACAGCGGUACACCCGUCGGCAAUGCCUCAGACCAGUGGAGCUUCGGUGUCACGCUGCUCGAAAUCUGCAACAACGGCGAUCUCCCAAUGAGUGGCAGCACAUUGUCUGAGAAAGAGCGUUUUUAUCAGCAAAAGGGCCGACUUGCUGAACCGUCCUCCCAGGAGCUGGCCAGCUUCAUCAGCAUGUGUUUGACCUACGAGCCCGUGGAGAGGCCUUCGUUCCGCACUGUGCUCAGAAAGCUCACAGAAAUUAUGAUCAAAAAUCCUGAUAUAUCUCCAAGUGAAGCUCUUCCUGAUGCAGACCCUAGCAUGUUCCAUAAACGCUACCUGAAAAAGAUGCGGGUAUUAGGAGAGGGUCACUUUGGAAAGGUGACUCUUUACCUGUAUGACCCUGCCAACGAUGGGACGGGAGAGCGUGUGGCAGUGAAGGCUUUGAAACAAGAGAACGGCCAGGUGCCUGACGGCUGGAUGAAGGAGAUCGAGAUCCUGAAGUCCCUUUAUCACAGCAACAUUGUCAAGUACAAGGGCUGUUGUACUGAACUGGGAGGACAAGUGGUGCAGCUAAUAAUGGAAUACCUUCCUCUGGGGAGUCUGCGAGAGUAUCUCCCCAAGCGUAAACUGGGUGUGCCGCAGUGCCUUAUGUUUGCUCAGCAGAUCUGUCAGGGUAUGGAGUACUUGCACUUGAAGCGAUACGUCCAUCGAGACCUAGCUGCCCGAAAUGUCUUAGUUGAAAAUGACAGUUUAGUAAAGAUUGGAGAUUUUGGCUUGACCAAAUACAUACCUGAAGGUGAGAUCUACUAUCGCGUUCGUGAGGAUGGGGACAGUCCAGUGUUCUGGUAUGCCAUCGAGUGCUUGAAGGAGAGUAAAUUUUCUUUUUCCUCUGACAUUUGGUCGUUUGGCGUCACUCUGUAUGAGAUCCUUACCCGCUGUGAUUCUCGCCAAAGCCCUCCAACAAAGUUCUUUGAAAUGAUGGACGAAACGCAUGGACAGAUGACGGUGAUGGUACUCAUUAAGCUCUUGGAGAAACAGCGGCGAUUGCCUUGUCCCAAAGACUGCCCACAUGAGGUGAAGAUGUUAAUGGAGCAGUGUUGGGCUGCAGAACCUGCACAACGGCCGUCCUUUGGAUCCCUCAUCCAGAAGUUUGAGGGUAUUCGUCAAAAAUACGACUGGCAGUCGAAUAUAGACUUUUCUUCGGCUCAGAUUUGCUGAUCGGGACUCUGAAAAUCUACCUGUCCUCUUGUGAUCACUUUGCCACUGUAGCAGCCAUAUACAGUAUGAAUAUAGGGUAGCUAUUAAUUUGUUUGCCUGCUGCAUUCAUUUGAAUAGUUAUCUUAUGCUGUUGGUUCCUUUUUGAUAAAAGCACACAGCUCUCCUCUCUUGAUGAACUCAGUCAAUGUAAAUUGUUUCUUGGCCGAUGAGUUUACCAGGGAUAAUAUAAGGUGAUGUCGUUAGCAGACAGGCAACAAGUGUCAGCCUUUGUCUUUUGAAAGUUCAAGUUUGCAACAUCACCUCAUGUAUUAAGAAUUUCUCUAUGCUUGUAAGAAUAAUGUCUUAAAUUUUAGGUUUAUCUUUGUAAGUAUGUUUCUUAAUCGUAUGUUUAAUUGGGUUUUAUUUUAUAUACCAGUAUACCAAAAGAACAACAUAACAGUCUUUUGAAAUGUUAUUCAUUUGCAUUGUUAUUAAAUACUUAAACAG